AUGUCGCUCAAUUUCGCGCGAUCGCUGGCGCGCAAUUGUAGCGGACGAACCGGUCGACAACUCGGGCCCGUCCGCCUCUGGUCCAGCACAACAACCUGCCGCAGUAGGCUGCGCGCGCGGUUGGAAAUCCCGCCUCCAUUCCCAGUGACCAAAAGUUGCCCGGAGCCAAGUUGCAGUUGUCCUGCCACACCCACCCUGCCGGAGGGUCUACCGAUCGAUCAUGAGCAGGCAUUGAACGGGACAAUGGCCGCCUAUGCGCAACAGCUGUUGAUCUGCACCGGACAGCCAGAUUGGACGAGUCGAAUUGAGAACGACGGCGAGAACAAAGGUUGGGGAAAUCUUGUGAGAGGACUGAAGGAGCUGUUAGGUCGUGGGGGCCCAUACCUCGAUCCCUUUAACAAUGUCCUCGUCACUGCCUCCUCGAUAGCGCCCGCCGUGAGCUCUUCCACCUCGGCUUCGGCAUUCCUGUUCCCCAGCUUCAAAUAUAUACCUUCGAUCCCUGCUCAAACUAACGCAUCCGACCAACUCGAUUUGACGACUUUUGUACGCGCAUACCUUCUCCCCACACGCCUCCACGACAUGCAUUCUUCUCUCCCCGCAAAAAAACAAGCAGACAUGACUCGAGCACCAGACCUAGCGAGUCAAUUCCCCGACGCAGUGGACAUUGAACACUCCCCCACAAUUCUUAUUUGCGGGCACGGCGGCCGCGAUAUGCGCUGCGGUGUCAUGGCACCCGCUUUAGAGAGCGAAUUCCAGCGCGUACUCCAAGAGCGUGGUUUUACCUCGGCGGAUAGUGAGGGAACUACAGUGGAUGCGCCCACUCAUGCCCACAUUGGUCUUAUCAGUCAUGUGGGAGGACACAAGUACGCCGGCAAUGUUAUCGUCUACAUUCCUCCCAAGAUGACCAUUGGCACCUCCUCAGAACCUCACCCGCUGGCGGGUAAAGGAAUUUGGUAUGGUCGUAUUGAGCCCAAGCAUGUUGAGGGUCUUGUGGAAGAGACCAUCCUCGGUGGAAAGGUGGUAACGGAUCAUUUCCGAGGCGCAAUGCAAUCUCUGCUUCGACACCGAGUGUCCAGCGCACUGGCGCACGGUCGACUCUACACGCGGUCAACUCGUCUCCCUCCAACAUACACCCUCACCCGCCUCGCAAGCUCACAAGCCCGUCGACUAGACCUACCGGCCCUCGAUCAAAAAUGGCAAGCCAAGUGGCAAGCGGGCGAGCGCCCGGUUUCCGACGACACAAAACCCAAGUCCUACAUCUUGUCCAUGUUCCCAUACCCGUCUGGAACGCUGCACAUGGGUCAUUUGCGCGUUUAUACAAUCUCGGAUGUGAUUUCACGAUUUUGGAAAAUGCGAGGACAUGAGGUGAUUCAUCCCAUGGGGUGGGAUGCUUUUGGGCUGCCGGCGGAGAACGCGGCGAUCGAGAGGGGCAUUGACCCUGCAGUGUGGACGCAGGCGAACAUCCAGAAAAUGAAGUCGCAGCUAAAAUGUAUCUCAGCGGAAUUUGAUUGGGACCGGGAAUUGGCUACAUGUGAUCCGAAUUUCUAUGAACAUACUCAGCGCAUAUUUUUGAUGAUGUACGAGAAGAAUAUGGCAUACCAGGCAGAGGCACUGGUCAAUUAUGAUCCGGUGGAUAAAACGGUGCUGGCGAAUGAGCAGGUUGAUGCGAACGGGUUUUCGUGGAGAUCGGGUGCAAAGGUGGAGAAGCUGAACUUGAAGCAGUGGUUCUUCAGGAUUACUGAAUUCAAAGAAGCGCUGCUGAAGGAUCUCGACUCUCUUUCCGAGGGCUGGCCCGAACGUGUUUUGACAAUGCAGCGAAACUGGCUCGGCAAGUCUUAUGGCGCCAAGGUCACCUUCCCAGUCACUGUCAACAGUGCCGGGGGUGAACAGAUUAAUGUCGAUGUGUUCACCACUCGACCGGAUACGCUGUAUGGCGUGGAAUACCUUGCGCUGUCUUUGAACCACCCUAUCGUACUCAAGGCCGCCGAGACCAACGAAGCCCUGCGCAACUUCUUGAGUGAGGCAUCGUCGUUUGCGCCAGAUUCCAAGGCAGGGUACCGGCUGCCCGAUGUUGAGGUGUCACAUCCAAUGCGCACCGUUGAUACAGAAACCUCACACCUGCAAAGAAACCUCCCUGUCUUUGUGGCGCCAUAUGUUCUGAGCGACUAUGGCUCUGGAGCAGUCAUGGGUGUUCCAGGCCAUGACACCAGAGAUAUGAUGUUUUUCAAGGAAAAUGUGAACACCGAAUCCAUUCCACUCGUCAUCGAAGCCGAGGCGAGUGGCAUUGAUUCAAAGAACAGUGUGGUCCCACAAUCAGACACCAAGGCUUUCACUCAAGAGGGUUACUUGACCUCACGCUGUGGGAAGUACCAAGGCAUGCACUCCAAGGAGGCCGCAAAGCUUAUCGUCAAUGACUUGCAAAAGGUUGGACAGGCCGAAUUUGUUGAAAGCUGGCGUCUGCGAGACUGGCUGAUCAGUCGUCAACGGUAUUGGGGCGCGCCGAUUCCCAUCAUCCACUGUGGGGACUGUGGUCCCGUACCGGUGCCAGCUGAAGACCUUCCGGUUAAACUGCCCAAAAUCGAGGGGGAGUGGCUCAAGGGCAAAAAGGGUAACCCACUUGAGACAUCAGAGGAAUGGCUGCACACGAAGUGUCCCAGCUGCGGAGGGCCUGCUAAGCGGGAUACAGAUACGAUGGACACGUUUGUGGACUCCUCUUGGUAUUUCUUGCGGUUCUUGGACUCUGCCAACAAGACCGCCCCAUUCUCUCCUAAUACAGUGCAACCCGUGGAUUUCUACAUUGGCGGCAUUGAGCAUGCAAUUUUGCAUCUCCUUUAUGCUCGUUUCAUCUACAAGUUCCUUGCUGGCUCAGAACUAUUCCCAGCUGAAGGCUCAGCUGGCGCAGAGCCUUUCAAAGUUCUCCUCAGUCAAGGCAUGGUGCACGGAAGGACUUUCACUGAACCUUCAACAGGCCGCUUCCUUCUUCCAGAGGAGGUCGACCUCACCUCCCCGGAUAAGCCUUUGAUCAAGGGAACAAAAGUGACACCCAACAUCUCUUUCGAGAAGAUGUCAAAGAGCAAGUACAAUGGUGUGGAUCCCACAAUAACCACAUCCAAGUACGGUGCCGACGCCACCCGCGCACACAUUCUAUUCUCUGCACCGGUCAGUGAAGUCUUGGACUGGGACGAGGCCAAAAUCGUCGGUGUCGAGCGCUGGUUCGGUCGACUCUGGAAGGUCGUCCAAGACACACAGCAAUCUCUGGCAGAUGCUUCAUACCCCAUCCCGGAGACAGGAGCCUCUCACAACCACACAAUCCCCCUCCCAUCAUCACUCCAGGAUCUGAGUGACGCCGAUGCCGACGCAGUCCUAGCCACUCACAGAACCAUCGCAUCAGUCACCUCAUGCAUCGAAAGCAACCCAUAUGCUCUGAACACAGUUGUGUCGGACCUGAUCAAGUUGACCAACGCUCUUGCCUCAGCACCUGCUUCAUCCCCUGCCAUUGCAUACCUCUCUCUCUCAUCCUUACUCCGUCUGCUCGCUCCCAUCGCCCCGGCUCUAGCCUCUGAAUCCUGGGAGAUCUUGCACACCACAGGCGCCAAAGCAUCAUCUAUCCUCACAUCCCCCUGGCCUACCACUUUGCUCACACCCGAGCAAGUUGACAUCCUCUCCUCUCGAGGAGGUCAAACCGUUGCUGUUCAGAUCAAUGGUAAGCUGCGCUGUGCGGUCACUAUUCCGACCAUGGAGACAGUGUCUCCACAGAGCAACAAGGCCCUUUCGCAGGAAGAACAAGACUGGAUUAUCAGUCGGGUCUUGGAGACUGCCGAGGGUAAGACAUGGCUUUGUGAGAAGAACGACUGGGAGAAGAGACGACGGGUGAUCGUUGUCAAGGGAGGAAAGCUCGUCAAUGUUGUUUUCUAA